AUGCUAUCUUGGUCGUAUUUAGGAGUUCUAGCACUCGCCCUCUCCAAUCUUGUAGAUUCAUCCUUAGGCGACAAACACAAGUCCAACUACACGGCGCCAUGGCAAACUCUUCCUCCAACUCCACAUUUGCCUGAACCAAACUUCAACGGGACUGCUCCCAUCAACGGUAUUGACCUUUGGUAUGCGACAUUCGGCGCGUCGCUUGAAAUUAGUAAACGCAGAGACCUCAACCCUGUGGUAUUUCUUCAUGGCGUCUAUACCAACAGCGAUUAUUACGGACAUCAGAUCCGCCAUCUACAAGACGGCCUGUACACACUCAUGACAAUUGACUCUCGGGCACAAGGUCGAUCCGGAGAUGAUCCCAGCAGGCCCUUGACUUACGAUCUGAUGACAGAGGAUAUGGUUGCUUUGAUGAAUUAUCUGAAAAUUGAUAAGUUCUCGACAGUUGGAUGGUCCGACGGCGGCUGUAUUUCGUUUGACCUUGCCAUGAACUACACCCCCCGUAUUGAUCGUAUCUUUUCUUUUGGCGGAACAUAUAGUCCUCAGAACAUCAACGCCACAAUUGAUGACAGUCCAGUAUGGGGUGCAUAUAUGAAACGCGUUGCGAAAGAUUAUGAGCACAACGCACCUUCAAGUGUUACAUUUGAGGAGGCGUCGAAACAGUUGAAUAGUAUGUGGUUAACGGAGCCGGUCUGGGACGCCACAUCGUUUGCGAAAAUCCCAUCUCGAUACGACGACGACGAAGCUCCCAUGAUCUGGAUCGUUGACGGCGAUUCUGAAGAGGCCGUGAUUCGUGAUACACCUGGAACCCUACGUAGCUGGAUUUGGGGCUCUGACCUUGUUAUUCUGCCAGGAGUCAGCCAUUUUGCGGUGAAUGAUCUAUACAUGGCUGUUGAGUCGGAUCUGUAA